AUGGAUAGAGCUAUACACCAGGAAUUUUUCACUUUAAAUAACGGCAACAAGAUACCAGGUGUAGCAAUUAUUGGUACCGGUACUAAAUGGUUUAAAAAAGUUGAAUCGGAGGAAACAUUCUCCAAAGAAUUGGUUGAGCAGAUAAAAUACGCCUUAACUUUGCCUGGAAUUGUUCACAUUGAUGCAGCAGAGAUUUAUAGAACUUAUCCCGAAAUCGGUGCUGCUAUAGAGGAGAGUAGAAGAAAACCAAGAAACCAGAUUUGGAUAACUGACAAGUAUUCCACCUCUUUAAAAAUCACCGAAAACCCAAAAGUCGGACUAGAAACUUCUUUAAAGAAAAUGGGUGUUGAAUAUGUUGAUUUGUAUUUACUACACAGCCCAUUUGUUACUGAAGAAAAGAACGGCUUUUCUUUGGAACAGGCAUGGAAGUAUUUAGAAGAGUUGUAUAAAAAUGGCAAAGCCAAAAAUAUUGGUGUUUCUAAUUUUGGCGUCAAAGACUUGGAACGUAUUUUGAAAGUUGCUGAAAUUAAACCACAAGUUAAUCAGAUUGAAUAUAGUGCAUUCUUGCAAAAUCAAACUCCUGGUAUUUAUAAAUUUGCCAGAGAACAUGAUAUUUUGUUAGAGGCUUACUCCCCAUUGGGACCCUUGACAAUUGAACAUUCUGAAGAUGAUGAAUUUUAUAGAUAUAUCAAGGAGUUGAGCCAUAAAUAUGAUAAAACUGAAGCUCAAAUCUUGUUACGUUGGGUCGCUGAUCGUCAUGUUUUACCUGUCACUACAUCUGGCAAAAAGGAGAGGAUCGAAGAAGCUCAAUAUUUAUACUCUUUCGAUUUAACUUACGAUGAAUCAAACAAUAUAACACAAUUGGGGUUGCAACAUAAACCAUUAAGAAAAUAUUGGACUGAACAAUACUCUAAAUACGAUGCUGAUUCUCAAAAAUCUGAUGAUUAA